AUGCGCUUCCUCGACAAGCUCAACGCGCGCGUCGCGCAGUCCUACUUUGGCAAGUACUUCCGCCUCGAGGGAAGUGGCCAUCGUAAGGAGCGCAAGAACACGACGUUCACGAACGAGAUCCGCGCCGGUCUCGCGACCUUUUUCGCGAUGGCGUACAUUAUCAGUGUGAACGCGUCGAUCGUGUCCCAGUCUGGCGGCCCCUGUGUCUGCCCCCCGGAGUCGAUGGGCGACCUCUGCGACUCCAACGUCGAGUACAUGCAGUGCGUGCAGGAGGUGAAGCGCGACAUUGUCACCGCCACUGCCGCCAUUUCCGCCCUCGUCACGUUCUGCAUGGGCGCGUUCGCCAACAUGCCCAUCGGCCUCGCGACUGGAAUGGGCACCAAUGCCUACUUUGCCUACACUGUUGUCGGAUACCACGGUUCGGGCCUGAUUCCUUACAAGGUCGCGCUUGCCGCCGUCUUUGUCGAGGGUUUCGUCUUUGUCGGUCUCACCUGGCUCGGCAUCCGUCAGUGGCUUGCGCGCGCUAUUCCCGCUUCGAUCAAGCUCGCCACCGCGGUCGGUAUCGGUCUCUACCUCACGCUCAUCGGCAUGACGUACUCUGCUGGUAUUGGUCUCAUUACCGGAGCCGACGCGACGCCGAUCGAGCUCGCCGGCUGCCACCCCGCCAUGAAGGACCCGGAGACGGGUCUCUGCCCCUCGAGCGACAAGAUGCGCAACCCCACCCUGUGGCUGGGUAUUUUCUGCGGCGGCGUCUUCACAGUCAUGCUCAUGAUGUACCGCGUCAAGGGCGCCAUCAUUGCCGGUAUCCUGCUCGUGUCCAUCAUCUCGUGGCCCCGCAACUCGCCCGUCACCUACUUCCCGCACACGCCCCUCGGCGACGACGGCUUCAACUUCUUCAAGCAGGUCGUCACGUUCCACCCCAUCAAGCACACGCUCAAUGUCAUCGACUUCAACAUGUCGGAGCACGCGGGCCAGUUCGGCCUCGCCUUCAUCUCCUUCCUGUACGUCGACAUUCUCGACGCGACGGGCACGCUGUACGCCAUGGCCCGUUUCGGUGGUUUCCUCAACAAGCGCACGCAGGACUUUGAGAACUCGACCGUGGCCUACACCGUCGACGCGCUCGGUAUUUCGAUCGGAUCCGUGCUCGGUGUCCCGCCCGUGACCGCGUUCGUCGAGUCUGGAGCCGGUAUCUCCGAGGGCGGCCGCACGGGCAUCACGGCCAUGACGACUGGGUUCUGUUUCUUCAUCGCCGUCUUCUUCGCGCCCAUCUUCGCCUCCUUCCCGCCCUGGGCGACGGGAUGCACGCUCAUCAUUGUGGGCGCGCAGAUGGCCGCCGAGGCGCGCUUCAUCAACUGGAAGUACUUUGGCGACAGCAUCCCGGCCUUCCUCACCAUCUGCAUGAUGCCCUUCACGUACUCGAUCGCCUACGGCCUGAUCGCCGGCAUCAUGUCCUACAUCAUCAUCAACGUCAUGGUGUGGCUGCUCGAGAAGAUCUCGCGCGGCAAGCUCGUGCCCCCCAACAAGGACGAGAAGGAGCCGUGGACUUACAAGAUCGAGGGCGGCUUCUUCCCCGCCUGGGCUGUGCGCCUUGCCAAGGGCCAGAAGCACUUCUGGUCCGACAAGUAUGACACCGACGCCGACUCGUUUGUCUCUGACGACGCGUCCGAGACCUCCACGCCGGCCGAGAGCAGCGCCGCCGCCGCCGAGAAGCGCGAGAAGAAGGACAAGGCAGACGACAGCGACAAGUCCUCCGAGCCCCCGAGCCCGAGCGGCCUCCGUCCCAUCCCCCAGGAGAGGAUCGAGCCCACGCUCGAGUCGGAGAAGGUCGUCGUCUAA